CGUGCCACAGCACUUUGCACCGGCUCCCUCGCUCCAGACUCCAGUCACACUCCAACCUAGCGCCAUGGCCCCUCCCACCUGCCGGCUUCUCGGUGCUGCACUGGUCCUGCUGCUGCUGCUGGCCAUCAACUACCAGGCUCCAGGGGCUGUUGUGGCCAGUGAGCUGCGCUGUCAAUGCCUGAAGACCCUACAAGGGGUUGAUUUUGAGAACAUCCAGAGCUUGAGGGUGAUGCCCCCGGGACCCCACUGCACCCAGACAGAAGUCAUAGCCACUCUCAAGGAUGGUCAAGAAGUUUGCCUCAAUCCCCAAGGCCCCAGGCUUCAGAAAAUCAUCCAGAAGAUACUGAAGAGUGGCAAGUCCAGCUGAGCCCGGAAAGAAGGAAGCCCCUUGCUGUGAUGGAGGACCUGCCUUCUAAAGCAGAGAACAAUGAUCCAACCCAAGGCCAUCUGGAUGUGUCUUCACCUGCUUGUUCUGAACAACUCCAGAGAGUUCAUACCUAUUUAUUUUCCCCAAAUUCUAUGUUGAUAUUUUACAUGUAAAAAAAAAAACCCUUAAGGGUAUAAUUGAAUCUACUUGCAAGAUGGCAUCUUAUUUAAUGUUUAUUUAAUAUCAAGUCUAAGUUUCACUAAUCCUUAUUCUUAAUUUAAAAGUUAAAGGUUUUCAGAUUCUCUCAGGGAAUUCUAUUGCUAUUUCUGAGGCAGUUUUCCCAGGCUGACCAUUUUGGUAGUAGGUGUGGUAGUCAAGAAUCAGACAAACAAGGUCAUUUCAGUUUAUGAAGAAUGUAUGUGUGCAUCUAGUUUUCUAACAAGACAAGAUUAUCAGUUGUUAUUUAUUGAAAUGGUCUUGCAGGGUUACAUGAACGAUCAACUUUGUGUUGAAGCUUUAAGAAUUGUAAUGUACUAUAUAUUCCUUAAAUAUUUUAAGUGAUUAUUUUAAAAUAAGGCACAAUGACUAUUUAAUGCCUCUAUCUUAUAAUGGAGAAGUUUAAAUAUUUAUUGGUAUUUUUACAAAUAAUUUGAAAAUAAAAUAUUUAAAAA